UUCUUAAACCUUCAACAACUAGACUGUUGUAUUGAGACGAACAAUUGACUAAACUAAAACAUCUCAAAAAACAACUUCUUGAAACCUACCACGAACUCUCGUGUCGCCAAAAUGUCCCAAGGAGUAAGCCAACGCCUAAUCCAUUGUAUUUUCCUUCCGCUUCUAAGCAGCACGCUAAUAACGCCUAUUUGUGUGUCAAAAACAAAAACGGGUCAAAUCAAUCCCAUGCCAUACCCGCCACAGACACAGCUUACCGUUUGGUGGCAUAUGCGCUCACACAUCACUGGGACACAUGCUGGAGGGCCUACUGCCUAUCGAUCCAACAAUGAGCUACCCAGCGGAGGGUGGCUUUCGGUUCGAGAGUUUCGAAAGCCGCUCGCUUAUGAGGCACUUUCAUUUCAGCGUGCCACCGGUAUGGACGCGUACGAAGCUACCGGUUCCAGUGAAGAUCCCGAGGUACGGCAGGCUUUUUCCGAUAGCAUUCUACACAUUCUAAGACCACUCUCGGUACUGGAGCUGCCCGGGAUGGGUUCGCGGUGUGAAAACGAUUCCGACUCUACUCGAAGCGCAUUAUCGGAGCCUUUUUCCGACCUGGACGAAUCCUACAUCUUGUUGGAUCAACGGAAAAAGAAACCAGGAAAGGAUGAAGGUGAUGACAUGAUGCUGUUGAAUCAAUUCACCUCCGAGUUUCGGGAAGUUUACGAUCAGCUUAUCGGUGAGCUGGAUGGGAAGGAAGAACCAAUCCUACCAACGGAAGGCGUCCAAGAGCAACAAGAUUUUACCCACGAAUUAUCGCUUGAAGAUACGAGCGGAUUUAGUCCACCCUUUCAAAGUUUCAUCGAUGAGAUGUUGCUCAAAUGUGACCUCAAGUAUCAUCUAGACGAGAAGAAAAAGCAGCACGAUCUGCACCGUCGUAAGCACCGUCGGGUGCGCAAGGUACAUCCUACAGCACCGAAGGACGCACUGGAACCUGCCGAACGGGACUCGCUGUCCGGUGUGUGGCGUAUGCUCGAUGCUAUGUCCGAACCGAACGGUUUCCCCAUCACCGAAGGACAGUACGAUCUGUACGAGGAUGAACGGUUUGAGUGGUUACUGCGGGAAAAGAUUCCCUGGCAGCGGAUGGAAGUGUCCCGGAAAAAGUGUGAACAGUGGCUUAAGAUUGGGCCCAAUGCCGGUAAGCUGUCGGAUGAGAAACGAUCACGCCAGUCCCAUCGAGCAUCGAGUCAACGACGUUGGUGAAAACCGAAGCACAGGGGAAGGAACCAGCAUUUACCACCCAGUAUUAAGUAUCCUGUGUGCCAUAAGCGUAGUUUGAAAAAAAACACAAACGACUCAAUACUUUAUUGAGUUCCGGAUUCUCUAUUCUAUUGAACACUGCAACGUUGCUUCCUAUUCAAGAUCGAAAUCGCAUUCAAUCUGCUUAUGUGUUCCAGGAUGCAGCACAAUGAGGAAAAUGUGCACACAAUGCGUGCACACUUGCCAUAAGUCAAUCCGGAUGCUGCUGAUGCGCUCGGUAAAGGAUAAAUAAUAAAAGGAAAUGUUACGAUAUUCAA